AUGUUGCUGGUGUCGUGGGUCUUCUUAGUCUUCUCCGCCAGUGACGUCACUGCUAUGUACAGCUCCAGGGCCCUGGAGGGCUACCCGUCGGGAUAUUUGGGAGACUGUCCCGGCUCAACGAAGGAGGCGAUUAUAACGAAGAAGAGCUUAAAACACUUGGCGAUUUACGUGCAAGGCCCCGGCGGAGUCAUCGACGCGAGACACGUUAAGUACAACUACUACCAGAUGCGCCAGCUAGCUCGCGACCCCGACAUCGACUUCAGUAGGAAGACGUUGCUCUACAUCGGCGGCUUCCUGGACAGCCCCAACUUCCCAAUCGCCAGGACCAUCUCCACCGUCUACCACGACGUCGGUUACAACGUUCUGCUCCUCGACACCAAUACCUUCACAACAAUGGAGUAUCCGAUGGCCGUCCGCUUCAUGCGCCCAGUGGGCAGGCACGUGGCCAAAAUGCUGGCAGUGCUAAUCGGCGAGGGUCUGGAUCCCAGCAAACUGGAGGUGGUGGGGCUCAGCUUAGGCGGGCAGACGAUGAGCUUCGUCGCGAAGGGCCUCCAGGACUUAACCGGGCGCAACGUGUCCAGGCUCACCGGCUUAGACCCGGCGGGGCCUUGCUUCCGCCACCUGGGCCCGGGACAGCGGCUCGACAUGACCGACGCGGACUUCGUCGAGGUGGUGUCGACCAACAUCGACGGCUUCGGCAUGGCCGCGCCCGUCGGCCACGUGAACUUCUACGUGAACGGCGGCGAAUACCAGCCCGGGGAUCUGCUGUGGAUGCCGUGCAACGUGCUCUGCAGCCACAUCAGGUCGUUCACCCUGUGGCUGGCGGCCAUGAGGCAUCCGGACUCGUUCGUCGCGAUGCAGUGCGACUCGGUGCAGCAGGCGCGCGACAAGCUCUGCUACGACAGACGCCCGCUGGUGACCAACCUGCUUGGCCCGAAGGUGGAUAGGACGAAGCGGGGCAUCUUCUAUCUGGCGACGGACAAUGACUUCCCGUACUACCUCGGCGCGGACGGCCUGAAGAGGGAACGCGAGUUCUUCGCGAUGAAGACAAAGUCGAUCAACGAGGGGGCCGUGAUCAAAAUG